UUGGCGCUGUCCGCGGUGCUGACCGCCAAUCCCGGUUGCCUUCUCCGGCUGGUCUCUCAGGGGUGCCCCACCUCCCUCUCCUCCUGGCCUCCCACCUCUCCACCUCUCCUUCACCGACGCUGCACAGUCAGUCACGGUGGGAGGCAGGCUCUCCCCUGCGCCAGGAAGCCGCUGUCCCCUCCCUCUGGAUCACACAGGGUUUUUGCAGUAGUGGUGACAGCCAAAUCAGGCACCAGGAAGCAAUUGAUUCGUCUACUGCCAGCAGCCCGGAGUUGCCUAUGCUGAUAGGAGAGGGAGAGAGGGGAAAGACAGAGAGAGAGGCUCACAGAGCGAAAACCUUCUUUCAUGUGCAGGUCAGUGUGAGCAAACCACUGUCGGCCUGCCCAGCGACUUCAACGGGUCUCUUUUCCCUUCUGACAGCGGCACCUCCACAGAGCUUUCAAACCAAGUCCCCGGGACUUAGCCUUUCCCGACUCCUGCGGAGAAGGCAAGAGUUGGCAAGAAUUCGGCUCGCCCAGUCCGCUGUAAUCCUCCAGCGUCAGGGUGUGCCAGCCUUCCACUAUGACAGACACCGUGCUCAACCGAUGGAUGUAUCCCGGAGAGCAACAGCUUCAAUCAAAUGACAAAGAACAGCUGCAGGCAGGCUGGGAUGUCCACCCAGAUGCCCAGGCUGACAGACAGAGGAAGCAAGAAGAGCUGACGGACGAGGAGAAGGAGAUCAUCAACAGGGUGAUCGCCCGCGCUGAGAAGAUGGAAGAGAUGGAACAGGAGCGCAUCGGGCGCCUGGUGGACCGCCUAGAGAACAUGAGGAAGAACGUGGCCGGGGACGGCGUGAGCCGCUGCAUCCUGUGCGGAGAGCAACUGGGCAUGCUCGGCUCGGCCUGCGUCGUGUGUGAGGACUGUAAGAAGAAUGUCUGCACUAAGUGUGGGGUGGAGACCUCCAACAACCGCCCACAUCCGGUAUGGCUGUGCAAAAUCUGCAUUGAGCAGAGAGAGGUCUGGAAGCGAUCAGGAGCCUGGUUCUUUAAGGGCUUCCCCAAGCAGGUCCUACCACAGCCUAUGCCUAUAAAGAAGACCAAGCCCCAGCAGUCGGCCAGCGAGCCUGCAGCCCCGGAGCAGCCCAUGCCCGAGCCCAAGCACACAGCUCGGGCUCCAGCUCGAGGUGACACAGAGGACAGGAGGGGUCCAAGUCAGAAGCCAGUCCCUGACCUUUCUUCUGCUCCUGGGCGAGGAAGCUAUGGGCCUCCUGUACGCAGGGCCUCUGAGGCAAGAAUGAGUACAUCGGCCCGGGAUUCAGAGGGCUGGGACCAUGGCCACAGUGGGAGUGCUGGGGAUGCCAGCCGGAGCCCAGCAGGUUUGAGACGGGCCAACUCAGUCCAGGCCUCCCGCCCCGUGCCAGCCUCUGUGCCCAGCCAGAUGCCAUCUCAGCCUGUGCAGCCAGGGCCCCAUGGGGGCAGCAGGCCAGCUCCUGGGCCAGCAGGACGCUUCCCAGAACAGAGUGCAGAGGUGGCUCCAACUGAUCCUGCCUAUCCAGGGGUCACCACCUCAGCCCAGGAGGAGAGGACAGGGGGAGCUGGGAGCUUCUCAGCAGCUGGAGCCAGGGAGGACCGAACGCCCCACCCAUCAGGCCCCUAUUCCCAAGUCCCAGCCACUGCCCCCAAGCCUGCCGUGGCCCCCAAGCCUGCCGUGGCCCCCAAGCCUGCCGUGGCUCCUACGCGCCAGCCACCACCCCAGGAGGAGGAGGAAGAAGAGGCCAACAGCUAUGACUCCGAUGAAGCAACCACCCUAGGUGCCCUGGAAUUCAGUCUUCUCUAUGACCAGGACAACAGUUCUCUGCAGUGCACCAUCAUUAAGGCAAAGGGACUGAAGCCCAUGGACUCCAAUGGCCUGGCAGAUCCCUAUGUCAAAUUGCACCUGCUGCCAGGAGCCAGCAAGUCCAACAAGCUUCGUACGAAGACUCUACGCAACACCCGGAACCCAGUGUGGAACGAGACCCUGGUCUACCAUGGCAUCACCGAGGAGGACAUGCAGCGAAAGACCCUCAGGAUCUCCGUGUGUGACGAGGACAAGUUCGGGCACAACGAGUUCAUCGGCGAGACCAGGUUCUCACUCAAGAAGCUCAAGACGAACCAGAGGAGGAACUUCAACAUCUGCCUGGAGCGGGUGAUCCCGAUGAAGCGUGCAGGGACCACCGGGUCAGCCCGUGGAAUGGCCCUCUAUGAAGAGGAGCAGGUGGAGCGGAUCGGCGACAUAGAGGAACGCGGCAAGAUCCUGGUGUCCCUCAUGUACAGCACGCAGCAGGGGGGUCUCAUCGUGGGCAUCAUCCGCUGCGUGCACCUGGCCGCCAUGGACGCCAACGGCUACUCAGACCCAUUCGUCAAGCUCUGGCUGAAACCAGACAUGGGGAAGAAGGCCAAGCACAAGACUCAAAUUAAAAAGAAAACGCUAAAUCCUGAGUUCAAUGAGGAGUUUUUCUAUGACAUCAAACACAGUGACCUAGCAAAGAAGUCUCUGGACAUCUCAGUCUGGGACUAUGACAUCGGCAAGUCCAACGAUUACAUUGGAGGCUGCCAGCUGGGCAUCUCGGCCAAGGGGGAGCGCUUAAAACACUGGUAUGAAUGUCUGAAGAACAAGGACAAGCGGAUUGAGCGCUGGCACCAGCUGCAGAAUGAGAACCACGUGUCCAGUGAUUAGGAACUAGUGCCCUGGUCCCCACCUUGCCGCCCUAUCCGUGCCUGGGUCACCUCCCCUUGCCCCCUAGUGCCCCAGCUGCCGCUGUGCCCUGCUCUCUCUUCUCUGAGCCUACCUUUGAGGUCUCCUUCUCCUUGGACUUGGCUGCCAAAGCCCUCCUCCACCCUCUGAUGCUGGGUCACGUGUUCUGGGUACACACCUCUUCUGGUCCCCAGGAUGGGCAGUGGAGAUGGAGUUGGGGAGACAUUUACAAACAGGCUGCUUGUUUAAUAACGCCCUGUUUGGGUAAAUCACAAAGGCUCUUCACCAUCUGGCUCUGUUUCUUAGAUGCCCCUGGAUUCGAGCACACAAGGUCAGCCCCUGUGUCCUACCUGUGUGUUCCCCUUGGCUGUGGGCAGACUCUCACGGGAGCACAGCACUGGGCAGAAAUGGGGCACCAAGUCUGCCAUUGUCCCUCCAACCAUCUCUGGGAGAACAAGGACCAGAACAGACCCUUGUGUUCAGGAGCCUCCCCUCCCCUCCAGAUGCCCUGGGGAACCUACAGGAAGGAAGGAAGGAGAAUGCACGAAGGGCCCCGCCCCCUGCUCUAGGAAGCCAUCCCCCUGCUUCCUAGCCAGAGCGAAUGCUCUUCAUGGAUGGCCUUCUCUCUGUGCCUCCCUCCACCUCUCCCUGCCUUCCUUCUUAUCAAGUCCUUGCUCAGCCUCAAGCCUCCUGGCUCUACUCCUGCCUCAGUUUCCCUCCAAGGGGACAUAACAGCAAAAAUAAAAUCACGUAUCACACAGCCUCACCCUCACACCCACUGUCAACCUGGUCAGUGACUCAGAAGCUGGGCUCCGUGCCUCUUAAGCCACCCACUUCCCCGUUGACAUGGCUGGACCUCCUCAGGCAGGCCGGCUACAAGAACAGGCCAGGCACGUGGCAACCCGGCUUGAGCUUUACAGAGCUCUACGUGCAGGGUUUGUUUUGGUUUGCUUGCUUUUUGGGUGUUUUAUUUUUUUCUUUUUUUAGCCCUGGCUUCUCAUGUAGGCACAGGUUGUACUGAGUAGAUCAGAGCUUGAGAUUACAGGGGCUACCUCCCAAGUGCCCCUUCCUCCGUUCUUAGGUAAAGGAACAAAGGAUCUCACUGCCACCUUGGAUCUCUGUCCAUCUCUCUGUCUCUUCCACUCUCUUCUCAGUUGCCUGGAGUGAUCAAAUGACAUCACCAAAAUGAAGCUUCCCUAAGGGCUUGUGGCCCAUCACAAAUCAAGAUGAACGUCCAUUUGAGGCUGGGGUCUGGCAAUCUUCAAGUGCCCCAAGAGAAAUCGUAGCUUUCCCAUGUUUUGAUGAUGUCUUUCCCUACCAAAGUCCCAAGCCCCAUAGAAGCCAUCAGUCCAAGACUAAAAUUCUAACUUCCCCCUUUUCUCAUGCUCUCAGUCCUCAGCAACUUUCAUGGUCCAUGAGAGUCUUACGCCUUGUCUCAGAACCAUGUCCUAGCACCAGGCUCUCUGAGGCCUGCACCAAGGUGGCAGACAGCCUCCCACCACCAUCCUACCUUCCCUUUCGCCCUUGACUUUUGCCAUAGGCGCCCCCCUCCCCUAGCUCCCACUCUCCACCCACACUCUUGGCGGUAGGAGAAAGCAUGCUGGCUGUCUCGCCCAAACCUGACGCUGGUAUUGGCGCUGGAAUCAGCAUGUGACACGCUCCGCUCUCUUGGCACCUCAAUCCUCCCAGACACGUUCGACCACCCCCCACCCUGCCAAAAUACAUACACACCCUGGGUGCAUGCAGGAUGCCAACCGCCUUUCUUUGUGAUGUAGCCAAAAAUAAAGUAGGAACAUUCAGGAAA